AAAAAAAAAAAAACUUGAGAGAUGGGGAAGCCGGAGAGGAAAGCUAAUGUCUCGGGAAAACCAAAACAUUCCCUCGACGCGAACCGUGCCGAUGGGAAGAAGAAAACCACCGAAGGCCGUACCUCCGCCACAGUCCGCCGUCUCAAGAUGUACAAAACCAGGCCGAAGAGAACCCCCGGCGGUAAAAUCCUCAGCAACGAGUAUCAGUCCAAGGAACUGCCCGACACGAGAAUCCAGCCCGAUCGGAGAUGGUUCGGGAACACGCGUGUUGUGAACCAGAAGGAGUUGGAGUACUUUAGAGAAGAGAUGAAGACAAAGAUGUCGAGUAACUAUAAUGUUAUUUUGAAGGAGAGGAAGUUGCCUAUGUCUCUUUUGACUGAUAACAAGAAGCAAACGAGGGUUCACUUGCUUGAUAUGGAGCCGUUUCAAAACACUUUUGGGAAGAAGACAACGAGGAAGAGGCCGAAGCUUGUUGCUUCUGAUUAUGAAGCCUUGGUCAAGAAGGCAGCUGAGUCUCAAGAUGCGUUUGAGGAGCUGAAUGGGGGAGGUCCUUCUGGUGAGGGAGGAGAAGAAGAAGAUGGGUUUAGAGACCUUGUGAGGCAUACUAUGUUUGAGAAGGGACAGAGUAAACGUAUUUGGGGUGAGCUUUACAAAGUGAUUGACUCCUCUGAUGUGGUUGUUCAGGUCUUAGAUGCUAGGGAUCCACAAGGUACUAGGUGUCAUCAUUUAGAGAAAACUCUGAAGGAGCAUCACAAGCAUAAACACAUGAUUCUGUUGUUGAACAAGUGUGAUCUUGUACCGGCUUGGGCUACAAAAGGAUGGUUGAGGAUAUUAUCAAAGGAGUAUCCAACUCUAGCCUUCCAUGCCAGCGUUAACAAGUCUUUUGGAAAGGGGUCACUUCUCUCAGUUUUGAGGCAGUUUGCUCGGCUAAAGAGUGACAAGCAAGCCGUGUCUGUAGGUUUUGUCGGGUAUCCAAAUGUUGGGAAAUCUUCAGUUAUCAACACACUGCGUACCAAAAAUGUAGAACUUUCUUUGUUCAUUACCUGUAUCAAGAAUCUGUAUAGUUCAUUACUUGUUCUCACACUUUCAUUUACUCUGUUUCAGGUAUGCAAGGUUGCUCCGAUUCCAGGGGAGACCAAGGUUUGGCAGUACAUCACACUCACCAAGAGGAUUUUCUUGAUUGAUUGUCCUGGAGUUGUAUACCAGAGCCAUGAUUCUGAGACAGACAUCGUCCUCAAGGGAGUGGUGAGAGUUACAAACCUGCAGGAUGCAUCUGAGCACAUUGGAGAAGUCCUGAGGCGUGUCAAGAAAGAGCACUUGCAGAGAGCCUAUAAAAUCAAGGACUGGGAGGAUGAUCAUGACUUUCUUCUUCAGCUAUGCAAAGCUUCUGGCAAACUAUUAAAGGGUGGAGAGCCUGAUUUGAUGACAGGAGCAAAGAUGAUACUCCAUGACUGGCAAAGAGGACGCAUACCUUUCUUUGUCCCACCUCCUAAAGUAGAGGACAAGGCUUCAGAAGGAGAAGUAGAAGCAGAAGUGACGGUGCCAGGUAUAGAUCAGGAAGCCAUUGCUGAUAACAAUCAAGCAGCAGCUGCAUUGAAAGCCAUUGCUGGGAUCAUGUCUUCCCAACAACAGAAGGAUGUUCCUGUCCAGAGAGAUUUCUUUGACAAAAAAGACCUCAAGGAUGAUGAUGAAGCAAAGGAGUCUACUACUGAUACAGACGAGGAAGAUGGAACCGAAGUCUCAGAAGAUGGAGAGGAAAGUGAGAAUGAUUCUGAUGAGGAUGUUGUGUCAGAAAAUGAAGAGGAGAACGAGUCUGAUUCUGCUGAGUAAUGAAUGUUACACUUGCAAUUUCUUUUUUUUUUUUUCACUAUGUAUGCCUUGUCUUAACUCUUAUCAAACCACUUAUCAAUUACCAAACGAGAUUUAAUAGGAUGAUGUCUUUGAUGAUACAGAAGUUUGUAGUUUCGAAAUAAACGUGAGAAGAGUUGAAAGU